CGCGACUUGUGAAGGAAAUACACGUAGACGACUUGUGAAUGGAACAGAACAGUUCAACUGAAAGACAAUUGUGCUGGUGUUUUUGUUGUGAUCGGUAUUAUUUUUGUGAUUGAAAGACUCUAACGGCUACAAAAUUGAUCUGGAUCUCCAGAGGCAGGCCAGUAAUGGCCAUUUUAUGAGAUCGGUCGGUCAAAUGUGCGAAGGCGGAUUCAGUGCCGCGGAGGGACUUUCGAGGAUGGCAUCCUUAGGUGGAGCAUCCCUGGGAGUCCCUCAGUCUCUUCAAUCCAGCCAGGCCAUUAAGAAGCAGGAGGACCACAUAAAGCGGCCCAUGAACGCGUUCAUGGUGUGGUCGCGGCUGCAAAGGCGAAAAAUCGCCCAAGAUAAUCCAAAGAUGCACAAUUCCGAAAUAUCCAAGAGAUUAGGCGCUGAAUGGAAACUGCUCACUGAAGACGAAAAGAGGCCGUUCAUUGACGAGGCGAAGAGACUGCGAGCGUUACAUAUGAAAGAGCAUCCGGAUUAUAAGUAUAGGCCGCGACGAAAACCGAAAACUCUCCGAAAAGAGGGUUAUCCCUAUUCGAUACCUUAUCCCUCGGUGCCGAUGGACGCCCUAAGAGCAGGAAUGGCAGCCAGCAGUAUGAGCCAAUCAAUGGCUUCGUAUUACAACCCAUCCGCAGCUUACGGAUCUUUGAGUGCAGCAUCAAUGGCAGCUGCAGCUGCUGCUGCACAACAAUCCGCAGCUGCAAUGUCAGCAGGCUUGACAGCACCAGCACAGGUGGUAAGCUCCAUGGACGCGAUGAAGUAUUCGAUGGAAGCGGAUAAGUAUCGUUCACCGUACAUGCCGCCGUCCACGCUGGCGAUGUCGAUGUAUUCGGAUCCAAAGUAUAUGGAUUCACCGUCGAAAAGUUACUUGGAACGAGGUUAUCUGGACUCCACUUCGGCACUUACCAAAGCGUACUUUGAGUCGUCCAAGAUGUACAUGGACGCGAACAUCGCCAACAAGUACAACCCUGAGAGCACCAGGAGUUAUCCCCAUCACGCUGGCAUUGAUAUUGGAAAAAUGUACUCGGACCAUCAACAGCAACACGGCCAGCAGAUUCCUAUGAGCUCGCCUAGAUCAUCCGACUCGCCCGAUACGAAACCUAUACAAGAUAGGCUGGAGGGCAGUUCUUCAUCCAGUUCAACGACAACGUCUUCGGCAGGAGCCUCUCCAGGUGCUUUGCCGGGGUAUUAUCCGAGCAGUGCGAUGCAGCAGAGCAGCGCUGGCCUGCUGCCUAUGGCUCAAUACACAGGGCAGUAUCCAUCGCAAAUACCCGGUAGUGAAUUUAGAAAACCACUCACUGUAAUAUUUUGACCAGAUAGAAUGUGAAUAUGGUUUCUAGUGAUAUAUGUAGGUGCAUUUGUUUAAUUAACGAAAUCGUGCAGCGGUCUUAGUAGUGUUCGACAUGGAUUUAAAUUUUGUUGAUAAAGAAGUUUGCAAAUAUGCGAGAAUUUAUUUAGUUUCGUGGUAGGUAGUGUUAUAUUUUUAACAUAUUAGCGAAUUUGGAGUUUGAUCAACAUUUAUCCGUUCGUUGAUUUUGUUUUCCUGAUGCUUCAAGUUUAAAAAGAUGUUCCUUUUAUAAUUUGGAUUUUAAAAGAUAUAUCUAAGCAAUUGAAAGUAAUCGGAUUUUGCUCAAAAUAUCCCGAAUUAUAAUUCUGUCGUUUAGUUUUACCGUACAAAGUGUUAUAUUUCUUUCGAUUUUCCACAUGACUCUUGCCAUUUAUCAUUUUUUGUCAAUUCCAAAAUUAUUUAAAUUUACUUAGAUUCAAUCUUGCACUUACUAGAAAAAUUCUUUUAACCAAAAUUUGGCACUAUAUUUGCUAUAGACUAGAGAAGCACUUAUUUUCCAUUCCUUAGUAAAUUUUGUUUAUUCUGAAUUUUUGUACCUAAAUCGUAGAAACAUAAAUAUGUAUUAGAAAAUAAUUUGUACAGUGCGAAUUAUUUCACAGAAUUACAGAAUUAGAAAAAAAAACUUAUAAGGUGAUUGAUCAGAAAAAAGGAAUCGAAUUUUAAUAAGUAAUUUUGGUAUGUUGAACAGAUUAUUUAUACAGUUAAAGUAAGCAGAAUAAGUAAUUUUAUUUAUUUUAUUUAUAAGAUAAAACUAUCAUUAUAACUUAAAAGAGUUAAUUCAGAACGAAUAAAAUGUCUUCUUAAUUGUGAUUUUAUUAAAAGCUGAAUAAAAAUAGCAAUAUUCAUAUAUCGAACAUAUUUAUUUCUAGAAGGAAUUGUAGAAUCUAAAUAUGUUGUGGGUAUAUUCAAACAAGAAAGGUUUGUUCGUUUUGAGCGAAAAUGAUUUUUUCCUUGUAUAUGUAGUACAUAGACUAUAUUAAUUACGGAUUACUUUUUUUUAAAGUGCUCAUUUUCUGUUAACUGUUUGUGUCGUUUCUCAAUGUUUUCCAUUAUUCAAUAUGAAUGCGUCAAUCACAAAAACAUCGUUGAAAGUAGUCAAAGGAUUAUAUUGUAAAAAACUGUAAAUAUAGGUAUCCUUUCAUUGACCUGUACAGAUAUAUUAUAUGUUUAUGUGCUUCUAGCUAAAAUAGGUAUUGUUUAAAAUUAUGGAAGAGCACAAAAUAGCUUGUACGUAAUUCGUUAUUAUUUUUUUGUUGUACAAAUUUUAUUCGACUAUUUAUAUAAUUAUACAUUCCUGUCAUGUUUUUUGUUCCUAUCUUUGAGGUAUUAGUCAUACUUACAAAGUACUUACGAUGUAUAUCUUGUUA